AGUCAGUUUUAUCAAAUGCAUAGAAUUUAGGUUUUUAUACGAAACUUUACUAUGGAAUUUUUUGGAUUAACCUUGUAUGGUCCACAAAACUAUAUAGCGGAUCUUAUAAAGGAAGGAUAUAAAGAACCAGUGUGUAAAGAACAAGUUGAGCCUCUUAUGCAAAGUAUAAUAAGUAAUUCUACUUGCCCUGAGAAGAUUCAGAGACCUGAUGUAUCCGUCAUCAGAUUAAUCGAUUGUUAUAUUGGCCGAGUCAACGGCUUCGCAUACGGUUCUAUACAGAGGUUCAAUAAAAUGAAGCGUAAGGGAGUCAUUAAACCAGCGGGUCCAGCGGAUAUUUACCGACUCCCACCGACGACAUCUGUAGAAAUCGGUUGGUUUCAAUGCGAUCCAGCUUUAGCAAAUGAAACGUGGUACGAAACUAAUCCAAGAUUCCCCGCACCGGUAUCUCCUACUUCUUUGAUCUUCGACGUAGUACGGAAAAAUGAUAAAUAUGCAAGACUGUUUUGAGUGAACAAUAUUGGAUUCGAGGAAUUAUUGACUGCUAAAUACUUUAACGAUUUAUCUUAUGUAUGAUUACAUAACUUCAUAAAUCACUUAAGACGGUAAAGUGACGCUUUAAAGAAUAUCAGUUCAUUAGGUACUAUUCCGUCACCGAGGAUUACCCGUUUUGCGACUGUAAAAAUAAAUAGUAUCCUGUAACGAACUAAGCCGAUGAUUGUGCUAGGAUACGAAAUAUCUGAUAAUUGACGUGGUAGGGCCA